GAAAAGAGACCGAGUAAAUUAUGCUGAAAGCUUAUCAGAAGUGGAAAUGGAUUCUGAUUACGAAGAGAGGCCAAAAAGGAAAAUCCACCUGAUCCCACAAGUGACCUUGAAGAGAUUUUUUGACAAAAACAAAAUUGAAGAUGAACAAGAAAUUGAUGACCUUACCGAUUUUGAUCAUGCCUAUCAUAACCUGGGCACAUCAAAAAUGUGGAAGUAG